AUGUCGACUCAACAACUUGCAGAGACCAGUGCGCCUGCACAGACAAAUAAGGCUUUGGCCGCGCCUACCUCAAAAUCGAAACGAUCAAACUCUAAAAAUGACAACGGCCGCACACCAGAGGAACUCCAGGCGGCGCUCGCGGAAUAUGGUCGCGGCGACCAAAUUGCCGUCAAAAACAUUAAGGAUAAGAAACUCCGGGGAAAUUUGAAAAAACUUGAAUAUCGAUACAAGGCCGCUGCAACAAAUGCCAAAGAUGCGGAGAUGUUGAUGGAGGAGCAGCAGGGAUAUGUAGAGGCCGAGGGAAUGGAGAGGACCUACAAGUUUUCUCAGAAAGAUUUGGUACAGGCAGUAGAUGUAUCUACUGCUCAAAAGGGCUUUGAUUUGAAACUCCCGCUAUUCGGACCAUACGCCAUGGAUUACACUCGAAACGGGCGGUAUUUGCUUCUUGGAGGGCUGAAGGGACAUGUCGCCGCCUUUGACUGGCGAGAGGGCAAGAUAGGCACAGAGCUACAGCUUAAGGAGACAGUGCGGGACGUCAAAUGGCUCCACAACGAACAAUUCUUUGCCGUCGCUCAAAAGAAAUAUACCUACAUCUAUGAUCAUGCUGGUGUUGAAAUACAUUGCCUCAAAUCCCAUGUUGAAGUCACGAACAUGGAGUUCCUUCCGUAUCAUUUUAUCCUAGCAACGGUCGGUAUGAGUGGGUGGUUGAAAUAUCAAGACACCACAACGGGUGCCCUCAUCGCGGAAUUCAGGACUAGACUUGGAGCACCCUCCAGUAUGGCCAUGAAUCAACGAAACGCCAUCAUUAAUAUUGGUCACGCAAAUGGAUCCGUUACUCUUUGGUCACCUAAUAUGAACACCCCGCUGGUCAAGAUGCUCACAAACCGAGGCCCAGUCCGUGCUCUUGCGAUAGACAGGGGUGGCCACUACAUGGUCACUGCUGGUGCUGAUGCCCGAAUGAAUAUCUUCGAUAUCCGAACGUAUAAAGAGGUACAUUCCUACUUUACACCCACCCCUGCGUCUUCGCUGCACAUCUCCGAGACUGGACUGCUCGGCGUAGGCUGGGGCCCCCAUGUAACUGUAUGGAAAGAUGCUCUCAAAAUUAAACAAAACAGCCCAUACCUUACGCAUCUUCAAGAAGGUUCUGCGAUCAACCGGGUUCGUUUCUGUCCUUUCGACGAUGUACUGGGUGUUGGUCACGCAGACGGAUUCUCGUCGCUCAUUGUACCUGGAUCUGGCGAACCUAAUUUCGAUUCUUUGGAAAUUAAUCCUUACGAGACGAAGAAACAAAGACAAGAGGGAGAAAUCAAGGCCUUAUUGAAUAAAUUGAAGCCAGAGAUGAUCUCGCUUGAUCCGGACUUUAUAGGAAGGAUUGACAAUGCGAGUCACGAUGUCAGAAAGAAAGAACACGAGGAGAACGUGAAGGGGGGUAGUGCUGCAGAUAAAAAGAUGGGGGUAGAAGGGAAACGAAAACAACGUGGCAAGAACUCUGCUCUUCGCCGGUAUCUCCGCAAGAAGGGAGAGAAGAACAUAAUCGAUGAAAAGAGAUUGAAAUUCGAAGAGAUGAGAAAAGAGCGUGAGAAGAGGCAACAAGGAUUGCCUUCGACGUCGAAGGCAGAAGAGCUUGGGCCAGCAUUGUCAAGAUUUUUGCAACCAGGUGCCAAGUGA